GACGAGCUGUAUGGGCCGGCAAUUACCGGCACAUCCGUUAUCUUGCUCCGAGUAAUAUCAGCGUCAAAUGUCCUGCGACUUCAAGCCGACCACCCAGCUGGCGUCCAUCACCUAAACGAGCGUAGAUCAUCAUCAGCAGAAUAUCGCAGUCGACCGAGACGAGUUUCUUCCAAUUUUCGAAAUCCUCAAGCGCCUUCGUCCCAAUAUAUCAAGAGGAAGGUGUCUAAGGGCAGGCAUCAACAUAAACCACACACCAGCCCACGGUCGUCCUCGUUGUUGGAACGCAUGGAGUUACCAUCUGAAGAAAGAAGUUUGCUUGAUCGAAUGGACUUGAAUGAAGAAGCAUUGAGCAUACAUAUCAAUGAUGGCUCGUUAGAUUCAGUGAAAGGCUGGAACACGAGAAUGUCUGGGUCCCAACAGCAUGCAAACACAUCUCCGGAUCUCCCCAGUCAAAGUUCGCCUUCGUGUACGAAAACACGACCAGCACGGAUUACUCUUAACUUUCCGUCUCAGACUCCCCCUGCCGACAAGUCUAGUGGUGGAUUAUUAUCAUCCGCAUUCGAAGCUGGGAUUAGCAUGUUAACCACAGGUUUUGACAUGCUACGCGAACCUCUACCAGAGUCAACAACUGCACACACUGGUGGCGGAUCCGCAUCUGUUAUCGAGAGGUGCAGGCAACAAUUGGCACCUGUUCUUCUUAUGUCCGCCAAAUCUCAAGACUCUUCGACACCUCUUGAUAUCACAGCGUGUACAUCCGUGCUCACCGACGAUCAUUGCCGCGAGUUUCUGCAACAGGCUAGAGAUAUGAAACUUCAAAUGGAUGCCCUUGCCCCGCACCCACUACACAACCCUCGAAUUGUCGCAGUUGAUACACCCAUCAACAAGAAGGGCGCAAACUACAGCACGGAUAAACAUGUUGAACCCACUCGGACUACACGUGUUUGGCCGGAUUCAGACACGCCAUCUAUUGGGUCACGGAAGGAUAGCGAAGCUACGUUGGUAGAUUUGCCAAUUGACCACAAGGCUCCCACUCCUGUCCAGGACUCUAGACAGAGCUCUGUUGAGGGCAACACAUUCCAAGUCAAGCAGAUCAUGGAUCAUGAUGAGGCCUUAUCCCCGCACGACCCAAAAUCAGCAAAUGUUCGAACAUCAGCUACUGUCUCUGUUUCACAUCAGAUCGCUGCACUACCAUCUAUUUCUGUGGAAGACAUCGAAAUGACGACAUCCUCAGUGUGUCACUCAGCGAACCCAGAACCAUCCCCAGCAGAUGCUCAGAACAUAGCAACAUGUUCUUCUGCCGACUCCCAUCCAUCAUCGUCGUUGCUAGCCCUCUCUAUGCCCGGAACCUGGUUCAGGCGCCAAGGCCUCACCCGGCCAGGUAUACUCAACGUCGACUUUGUGGUGGGAGAUCGCAUUAUUCCCGCAGCUUCGUCGAGUUGGUACGCAAGACUCCGCGGUUUUAACUUAGUCGCCUUCCUUACGAGAAAUUCUAGCUCCUCCAAUCCUCCAUUUACCGUGCAACUUUCUUGUUUCCGCAAGGAUCCUCGUCAUGAACUUCAGGAAGGUAAUAGCCUGGAUACCACUUUUGACGAAGUCAGGAGUGUGGGAGAGGAUUGGCCUACCAAAGGCACCCUCGUGGUGCAAUUGAAUAUUGAUAGCGCCAAUGGGCGAUCCUGGCUUCCCUACGAAUUGGAAAAGGGGGCACUGAAUGUGACCUCGUCUAUUACGCUAGGCAACAACACGAUGCGUCUGAUACACCUCAGUGAUCUAUCCGAUUUUACCUUCGUUCUGUAUGCCCUCUCGCCAGAGCUUCCAAAGAGGGGACGAUGCUGGGCAUCCAAAAUUACUCGGCCAGACUCAGAGAUACCAUUUGACACAACAAAUACUAUUCACCAGUAUGCAAACAUACCAGUGACUGUAUCAUAGUUAAACUUCGUACCUUGAGAUCGUCAGUCUAGUUUGCGUUGCUCAUCACUUGCAUUGUAUACGUACACACGACAUGAUAUAUCAAUAGCA